AAUGUAAAAGGUUUUAAGGUUUCACUUUAGUGUCUUAUCAAGACCUAAAUUACACAUUUAUGAUAAGGGUGGUAAACAUACUCCUUCAGGAAUCAGAGCAACUAUUCAUGGUGGUACUAGUUUCUCAGGUAUAUACAUGGGUGGUAUGCUUGGAAAUAUUGGAUCAGAAUUAAUAUUUCCUCAUAAUCAUCAGUAAGAAUUUACAUAGAUCAAAUAGAUACAAUUAUGAAGAUCAUGUUAGAGAAUUAAAAACAACAUCAGGACCAGGAUAAAAUUGGCUUUUACAUGAUAUGAAUUAUGAUAAUAAAGAAAUGAUAGAAUGGACUAUGAAAAAUUCAAAUGUUGUUGUAAAUUUACUUGGACCUAGAAAACAUCUUAAAAAUAGAAAAGAUUUUGAGUGGAUUAAUAUAACAGUCCCAAAAAGAAUAGCUGAAGCAUGUGCUAAAAAUCCUGGAGUAAUCAGAUUAAUUCAUUUUUCUGCUUGUGGUGCAAAUCCUCAUGCAGAAUCCCUAGAUCUCUAAACAAAAUAUAUUGGUGAAUAAGAAGUAUUAUAUUUUUACUAUAAAUAUAGGUCCUUAAUGCUUUUCCAAAUGCUACAAUUUUUAGACCAAGUGUAAUGGUUGGAGAUAACGAUGAUUUUGCUUAUCAUUGGCAAGUUUAAAAGAAAUACUUUCAUAACUUUAAUAUUGUUCCAGAUAAUUGUCAAGCCAAAAGAUAACCUGUAAAUUAUUAAUUUAGAUAAGAUAGAUAUUUGUCUAAGAUGUAGCUUAAGCUAUGUUGAAUGCUUUGAAGAUGCCUGAAACAAUAGGUUAAACAUAUGAAUUAGGAGGACCUCAUGUUUAUACAUUGUUAGAAUGUUAUGAGAUGUUCCAUAAUAUUGUAUAAAGACCACCUAAAUUGGCUCAUAUUGAUAAAUAAUUAUUAUUGAAAAUAGGUAAAAUAUAUAUAUCUAUAUUAAUUUUUUAGCCUAAUAUAUUCCCAAUUGGAAAUAUUUCAAUAUUGAUUAUAUAUUGAAACAUGGUGAUGAUAUGAUAGUCCAAUAAGGAUCAAAAACUAUUGAUGACUUAUGUGUCAGACCUUUAUCAUUAACUUAAGCUCUUCAAAAUAUCUUCUGGGAUAUCUAAGCUCGUUAUGGAGGUUCAAGUGAAUUGUAUGAAAGAUGAA